AUGAAGCGGAGGUCGCAAAAAAAAAAAAAAAAAAAAAAGACGAACAAACAACCACCGGAAAAAAACACGAAAGAAGAGCAAAAAGAAAAGAAGAUACAAAACGUACAAAAAAAGAGGGAAGGAAAAAAAACGAAGGGGGCAGAAGCAGCAGCCAAAAAAGAAGCAACCGCUGAUGAAAACACGGCCGCAUUUAAAAAUAUCAGCAUGAAUAAAAUGACCAAACCUGGCGACAGUGACGGCAGCACCGCGGUCUCCCACACCACCUCCCCUCUUUUGCUUUUUCUUGUUGCGUGUGCGGCUGCUGCUGCGGUGGUGGCCGCAUGA